CCCUGCUGACACAGGCAGCUGAAAAUGGGACUUAAAUUGAUGUUUUCCCUUAAAGCUCUCCAGAUGGAGGAUCCCAUCCAGCUGAAAGAGGAGGGCAAUAAAUAUUUUCAGGCCAAUGACUACGAGAAAGCCCUUCAAAGCUACACUCAAGCCAUAAAGCUCAACAAGGACAAGGCACUGCAGGCAGUGCUCUACAGGAACAGGGCAGCAUGUUUCCUCAAAAAGGAGGAAUAUGCCAAGGCAGCCUCGGAUGCAUCUCGAGCUAUUGACAUCAACUCUUCGGAUAUCAAAGCCUUGUACCGGCGCAGCCAGGCUCUGGAGCAGCUGGGGAAGUUGGACCAAGCCUUCAAAGAUGCUCAGAAAUGUGCCACCCUCGAGCCCCGCAACAAAAACUUCCAGGAGACCCUGAGGAGACUGGGGGCCAACAUCCAGGAGAAGCUGCGCAUUCAGUUCUCCACGGACAUGAGGGUGCAGAAGAUGUUUGAGAUCCUGCUGGAUGAGAACAGUGAGAAGGAGAAGCGUGAGAAGGCCGCAAACAACCUCAUAGUCCUGGGGCGGGAGGAAGCAGGAGCUGAGAGGAUUUUCCAGAACAAUGGAGUCAGCCUCCUGCUGCAGCUGAUAGAAACCAAGAAUCCUGAGCUGAUCCUGGCAGCUGUGAGGACACUUUCAGGCAUGUGCACAGGCCACAAGGCUCGGGCCACUGCCAUUCUCCAUUACCUGGGCAUUGACAGCAUUUGCAUGUGGAUGUCUGUAGACAAUGAAGAAAUCUCCCUGGCUGUCUGCAACCUUCUCCAGACCAUCACUGACUGCCUACUGGGCCAGGGGAAGGAGGAGCAUCACGGCAAGGAGGAGGCUGUAGUGCUAGAUACCAAAAAGGACCUGAGGCUGAUCACGAUGCGCCUGCUGGACAUGCUGGUCAGUAAGAAUGUCUCUGGGCAGGGCCGAGACCGAGCACUCAACCUCCUCAACAAGAACAUCCCAAGGAAGGACCUGAAAGACCUUGACAACAGCAGAACCACCUUUGUCAUUGACAAUGGGUUAAAAAAGAUACUGAAAGUGGUGGGUCAGAUUCCUGAGCUGCCUGGCUGCCUGCCACUGACGGAGAACACUCAGCUGACUGCCUCCGUCCUGCUGAACAGACUCUACGACGACCUGCGCUGCGACCCGGAGCGUGACAACUACCGAGAGAUCUGCGAGGAGUACAUCAAGAGCAAAAUUGACCCCCAGGACAUGGAUAAGACACUUCAGGCCAUCCAGAUGGUAUCUGGAAUUCUGCAAGGGCCCUUUGACUUGGGCAACAAGCUGCUUGGCAUGAAGGGGAUCAUGGAGAUGAUGGUUUCCCUCUGUGGGUCUGAGAGGGAGAUUGACCAGCUCGUAGCCGUGGAAGCCCUCAUCCAUGCUUCCACCAAGCUGAGCAGAGCCACCUUCAUCAUUUCCAACGGGGUGAACCUCCUGAAGGAGAUCUACAAGAAGACCAAGAAUGAGAAGAUCAAAAUCCGAGCGCUGGUGGGCCUCUGCAAGCUGGGCUCAGCAGGAGGCACAGAUUACGGGCUGCGGCAGUUUGCUGAGGGCUCCACUGAGAAGCUGGCCAAGCAGUGCCGGAAAUGGUUGUGCAACACCAGCAUUGAUGCCCGCACCAGGAAGUGGGCUGUGGAAGGGAUGUCCUACCUGACCCUGGAUGCAGAUGUGAAAGAUGACUUUGUUGAAGAUGGGCCAGCCCUGCAAGCUAUGUUUGAAUUAGCCAAGACCAGCGACAAGACCAUCCUGUACUCUGUGGCUUCUACGCUGGUGAACUGCACCAACAGCUACGACACCAAGGAGCUGGUCCCAGAGCUGGUGCAACUGGCAAAAUUCUCCAAGCAGCACGUGCCUGAGGAGCAUCCAAAGGACAAGAAGGAUUUUGUGGUGAAGCGUGUCAAACGGCUGCUGAAGGCCGGCGUCGUCUCUGCCCUGGCCUGCAUGGUGAAGGCAGACAGUGCCAUACUGACAGAGCAGAGCAAGGAGCUCAUUGCCAGGGUGUUUCUUGCCUUGUGUGAGGACCCCAAGGACCGUGGGACCAUCGUCGCUCAAGGUGGUGGAAAGGCCCUGAUUCCUCUGGCAGUGGAAGGCACAGAAGUUGGCAAGAUAAAAGCUUCUCAUGCUCUGGCAAAAAUCGCUGCUAUCUCCAAUCCAGACAUAGCAUUCCCAGGGGAGAGGGUGUACGAGGUGGUGAGGCCACUCGUCAGCCUGCUGAACACGGAGCGAGAUGGCCUGCAGAACUAUGAGGCUCUGCUAGGUCUCACUAACUUCUCAGGAAGAAGUGAUAAACUUAGGAUGAAGAUCAUCAAAGAGAAGGCCCUGCCAGAUAUCGAGAACUACAUGUUUGAGAACCACGACCAACUGCGACAGGCAGCCACAGAGUGCAUGUGCAACCUGGUGGUCAACAAGGAGGUUCAAGAGCGGUUCGUGGCAGACGGAAACGACCGGCUGAAGUUGGUGGUGCUGCUGUGUGGUGAGGAUGAUGAGAAAGUCCAGGUUGCAGCAGCUGGAGCCCUGGCCAUGCUUACAGCAGCACAGAAGAAACUCUGCUCUAAGAUGACUGAAGUGACCACCCAGUGGCUUGAGAUCCUACAGAGGCUCUGCUUGCAUGAUAACAUGAAAGUGCAGCACCGAGGACUGGUCACUGCCUUCAACCUAAUCAGUGCUGGCAAAGAGCUGGCAAAGAAGCUGGUGGAGUCAGAGCUCCUGGAGAUCCUGACCUACAUUGGCAAGCAAGAAGAUCACCCCAAGCAGCAGGACAUCAUCAACAUAGCACGGGAUUGCCUCACAAAGUGCAUGGAUUAUGGGCUGAUCAAACCUCUCUCUCAGGCAUGAGGAAAUGAAAAGCACCAAAAGAGGC